AUGUCUCACGCACGUUAUUCAAGCGACAUUUGGUGGGCAAGGAAUUUAGAUAGAUUUGAUGAACUUGUACACAAGUAUCCAAAAUUACCAACAAAGCCAGUAGAAGAGAGCAGUUUGCCUUUGAAAAUUGGCUCAAAAAUCACAAUAAAAAAUUAUAACACCUUCCUUGAGAACCACGGGUCAGCUGGAUACAAAUUUUGGUUCGACAAGAAAACUAGUGAUGUGUUUAUAAUUGGUAUGGCCUCAACCAAACAUGAGGCUGUUAUCUCCCUGCUUCAACGUUAUUUCAAUGUUCCUAAUAAUGGAGUUGUUGUCAACCCUCCCAUAUGUGUCUAUGGACAACCUCGGCUUAAAAUAGCUCCUGAUGUUGCUGUAUACCCAAAUAUAGCCUUUGUUCCAAGACCUUCCGCUUCCCCCGUGAUACCUGUUCCUCCCAGUGAUUUGUGUGGAAAUCCCCAUGCACGGAUAGUGUGUGAGAUAGCUAUCAGCCAAGAUGUUGGUCGUCUGGGACAAAGAUGUUUGAGAUGGAUGAAAGAAAAAUAUGUUCGUGCUGUCAUUGGUAUCAAAAUUUUAGAAGAAAGACCAAUGAUUCGAGAACCUGUAACUGGGUAUUUUUAUAAAACAAUGACGGCAAAACUUUACCGUCAAGGAAUGGACACACAACGAUGGGAUUUUGGGAAUGCUAAAAAAUAUUCAAGAGAUCCCGUCAAUAAUCCUGCUGAUUGCAAUGCGCCAAACUUGCCGGCUUUUCAGAUCACAAUUCCUAUAAGCGAAGUAUUUUGGGAUCUGCCGUUGUUUCCUAUCCCACUUGCAUAUGCUCCAGCAGUCCCAGCAACCAUAGUUGGUAACACUUUUGUUAUCGACUUGUACCAGAUCCAGCGAAUUGUUUUAGAAGCUAACAUCUGA